CAACCCGUGUAGAAAAAAAAAAACACUCCCCGUCCACCACCUCCCGUGAUCCCCAACCUUCCCCCGAUCUCCCUGGUGCCAGGCGCCAGCGCCGUGCAUCUCUCCCCGCUCCUCGAUCUCCUAGCACCGCCGCUUCCCGCUUCCCCUGCCUCCUGGUGCCGCCGCUCCCCUCCACCCCGCUUCCCCUACCUCCAAGCGCCACUGCCCCAACCUCCGGCGUGCAACCAGGCUGCCUUCCGCCGCCGCCCCUUGCUCCGGCGUGCCUCCCAUCGCCCUAGCUCCGGCACGCCUCCCACCGCCGCACCCCCGGCCCCGGUGCGCUUCCCGCCAUCGCCUUCUCUCCAGCAGCCGCGGCCACCCGUGAGCAGCGACGGCACAACCAGCUACGGAUCCUGUGGGAUUCGCCCCCACUCCUGUCCAUAGUCGCGUGGCUCGCGGCAAAACAGGGCCGCCGAGGAGAACAUCUCCCGUCCGGCAAGGAGCACCUCAGGGGCGUCCGACGAGGAGCAUCUCAGGGACGAGGAACAUCUACCACCUCCUCCCUAGUGCAGAGCUUUCAGUCCAGGCCCCCGCGGCAAAAAAUGCAGUGUCCACUCCUAUGAAAAUGCUCCUCCAAUAUCUUCAGGCGGUGUGGGCAUCCGGUCGCGGAGAGAUGUGUGGAGCGCUGCAUUCCGCUCGUUGUUGACCUCGUGGCCUCAAACGGCCGAGAUUAUUGUCGUGUGUGGACUGCAGCGGUGACCGAAUCCGACCUUCACCAGCAUCACCAUUCUUCCUUCUCCUGUUCACCAACGUGCAUCGCCCGUCAUGGGUUAAGACACUGCUCGGACACUUCGAGGUGCCAUCGAUGGAUGUCUUGUCAAGAAGAUUCGCUCUCUUCGGCUUUAUUGCUGGGUGGAGCAUCGCAACCUCUGGUGAGACCGGACCUACCUUCCAGCUUGCACUGGCACUCGUCUCAUGCAUAUACUUUCUCAACGACAAGAUGAAAAAACCUUGGCAGGGCGUCUGCUACAGGGCUUGGACUCUUUGCGAGUGGCUGGAUAGUAGGUUCACUGGUAGUCCCAGUGAUCCCGGCAUUUAUUUUGCCGCGUACUUGGUGUCUGGAGCUCCUUACUUCGCUGGUUGCUUAUGUAUUUUUAUUCUUGGGUUGCAUCCACUUGUGACGUUCCACCCGCUAAUGUCAAAGACAAACAAUUUUGUAUAGGAGAUGUUAAUGUAAACAUUGAUACGAGUAAUUGAUAGCCUGGGUUGGUGUUUUUUUCAGUAAAA